UCAGAGUCCCUCAGUGAGUCAACUGAACCGAGUUGCCUGAACGCAGCUCCACACGAAUCCUGGCUCUUCUCCACUCCUCAACAACCACUCACCAGAGAUUCACUCACCUCUUGCUAAAAUGCGCCGCUCAGCUCACCAUUCACCAUGUUGUCCAAGUCCAAGCCCAAGCCCUGUCAUCUCCAUUCCUUUGCCUUGAUCCUAACCUCAUCGCCGUCAAGCUCAUCGGAAUUUGCUCAGCCCGCGGUAAUGUCUCAUACUGUGUGCAAAUCUUCACCCGCCAUCUCACCAGCCCGAAUAUCUUUGCUUACAAUGCUCUUCUUAAAUCUUUUGCCCACAACAGCGAAUGGUAUAGCGCACUUUUCUACUUCAACCAACUCUUACUAUCAUCAAAUGCGCCGUACCCAGACGAGUACACCUUCACUUCUGUGCUCAAGGCUUGCGCUGGGCUUGCUAACGUGGCAGAUGGACAGAAAAUUCACUGCUUUUUGAUAAAAAAUGGAUUUGAAUCUAAUCUUUUUGUCAAGAACUCGCUGAUUGAUAUGUAUUUUAAACUGGGUUACUUCUGGGUAGCGCAGAAACUGUUCGAUGACAUGCCUACGAGAGAUGUUGUAUCGUGGAAUACGUUGGUUUCUGGCCUUUGCACGAAUGGGGAUGUGGAUAAGGCUAGGAAGGUGUUUAAUGGGAUGGUUGAGAAGAGUUUGGUCACGUGGUCGACGAUGAUCAGUGGAUAUGCGAGAGUUGGUAAGGUGGAGGAUGCCAAGCGGCUGUUCGAUGAAAUGACGAAUAGGAAUGUGGUCUGUUGGAACGCUAUGAUUGCUGGGUAUACGCAGAAUGAGAGGUACGGAGACGCUAUCGAGUUGUUUCGGAAAAUGCAGGAAAUUGGUGGCAUGAGGUCUAAUGAUGCUACGUUGGUUAGUGUGUUGUCAGCUUGCGCGCAUCUUGGUGCGCUUGAUUUAGGGAAGUGGAUUCAUAGAUUUAUUAGAGGGAGCGCGAUGGAGCUAAGUUUGUUCUUGGGGAAUGCGUUGGCUGAUAUGUAUGCGAAGUGUGGAUGCAUAAGGGAAGCUAUGCUCGUUUUUGAUGCAAUGAAAAAGAGAGAUGCAAUAUCUUGGACUAUCAUUAUAACCGGAUUGGCCAUGCAUGGACGUGCAAAUGAAGCCUUUGGAUUCUUUUGUGAAAUGAUUGGUUGUGGGGCGAAGCCUACUGAUGUGACUUUUAUGGGAUUGUUAACAGCUUGCACUCAUGCUGGUUUGGUUGAUCGUGGGCUCAAGCAUUUUGAUAUGAUGGAUAAGGUUUAUGGGAUCACUCCCAAGGUUGAGCAUUAUGGGUGUGUAGUUGAUCUUCUAAGUCGUGCUGGUCGCCUUGAUGAGGCAGAAAACUUGAUUAGUUCGAUGCCUGUGAAGCCAAAUGUUAAAGUUUGGGGUGCAUUGCUUGGAGGUUGCCGAAUCUACAAGGAUAGUGACAGGGGAGAGAAUGUUGUUCAGCAGAUUCUUGAACUAGAUUCUGAUCACUCAGGAAGUUAUAUUUAUCUUGCUAAUCUGUAUGCUUCCACGGGUAGGUUGGAUGAUGCCGUGAAAUGUAGGCUGAGAAUGCGGGAUAGUGGUGUGACGAAGAUGCCUGGGUGCAGUUGGAUUGAGGUGGACAACAUGGUUCAUGAGUUCUUUAUGGGGGACCUAUCACAUCCUCAAUCAGAGAAAAUAAGUUCAAUGAUAAGGGAAUUACAACAAAAAUUAAAACUUGCUGGAUAUAAACCAAAAACUGACCUUGUAAUUCAUAAUGUAGACGAGGAAGAGAAGGAAGAUGCUUUAUUUACUCACAGUGAGAAGCUGGCAAUUGCAUUUGGACUAAUUUCAACUAGAGAAGGGACCACAAUUCGGAUUGUCAAGAACUUACGAAUUUGUGAUGACUGUCAUGGUGCAAUAAAAAUAAUUUCAAAAAUUGUUCACAGAGAGAUUAUUGUCAGAGAUCGUAGUCGCUUUCAUCAUUUUGAAAAUGGGAAAUGUUCUUGUAAUGACUAUUGGUAACAAGUUCAUCCAUCAGGAAAUGAGAGAAAUGGUGUAGAAGUUGGGGAGAAGAUGGUUGCUUAUUUGUGGGAUUAGCAGAGAAAGAUGACCCUAAUUUCCUCCUGCUCUCCAAACAAGUAUACGUCAUGUUUUGGCAAUGGCCUGCCAUCCUUCCUAUUGGAAUUGCGAAGGAGGAGAUACAAAGAACUUUUCCCAUCGGCUCAAUGCUUUCAACUUAGCAUAAUGGUUUCUCUAAUCACUGCGUUGAAUGACUCUGUAAGUUAGCAAUAAAAGAGUUUCUGAAGUUGGCAUUUGGCUCUUUAACCACACAUUAGAAAACUUAGUGUUUGGACAACCUAUUGUCAUGUUAACCAUGCUGAUCUCACAAUCAUGACAGUUUUUCUUCUAUAUUUCAAUGUAUUAUAUAUUAGUCAGGACUUUCUCAUACAUAAUUUAAUGUAACGAAUAGAGUGGACAGGAAGCCUGAGAUGUGCGUUUUUCACAUUGUCCACAGAGAUAAUUUUGUUCCCGAAUGAUAUAAGGUAUGUUGUUGUGUUCUCUUAAGAA